AUCGGACUCCCACGUGUCCUCUUCCCUCCCUGCCCAUCUUCUUCCUCCCGUCGCCACCUCUGCUCUCCCCCCCUCUUUCCGCGUCGCAUCAUCCCCUAAUCCGCAUGGCGGCACCCGCGCUCCUCUCCGCGCCGCAGCCCAUGGACGGCGACGGCGACGGCGUCGCGCCCCACGCCGCUCCAAGCCCGACCCAGCCCCCGCCGGAGCGCGGCUUCCUAAGUCGGCGGCCGCCCGUCCGCGUGACGUCGGAGUUCGACAGCGAGCGCAAGCUCUUCUCCCACCGCAUCUCCUGCCGCGUCCUCGACGGCCUCGCCAAGCUCCGCCUCCGCGUCCACCAGGGCGCCGCGGGGGGAGUGGGCCCGGGCCCCGAGGUCGCGCUCGUGGCGCGGAACUUCUCCGUCGUCGUCGACACCGCCUCCCGCGGCGCCGUGCUGCGGGGCGCCGCCGACCUCGCCGGCUCGCUGCGCCUGCGCGCCUCGCACAACACCAAGAAUUGCCAGAAUGGGGAGCAAUCGUAUAUUCAUAUUGGCUGUUCGACAAAUAGUUUGUCUAUGUCUUGCGACUACCAAUGUGACAGUUCCAUUGUUUCUUGUGUUCACGUGGAUAGGUACUUUCAGUUGAAGUGCGACAGUAGAAAGGAAGGACUAGGAGAAGUGGCAGUAACUACAAAUUUGGGAGAUUCACCAUGCAAGAUGGAAAUAUCAUCUCUGGUUCCGCCUGAUGGAUUGCCAAGAGCAACCUUCGUCUUUCCCAAUGGUGAAGUUUCAGUUAAGGAGAAGAAAUUGGACGAGGGUGAGAAAAUUUUGUCAGUAAACGGUAUAGUAAAGUCUCAUGUUCUGAAUGGAGUUUGCACUGCAUUGUACAACGAUAACGCGAUGAAUAUCAAGUAUCGCUAUAAGGAUGAUGAGUUAUCAUUUAUUCCCAGCCUCUCUUUACCAUCAAAUUCACUAUCCUUUGCAUUUAAACGGCAGUUAACCCCUUCAGACAAGUUCAGUUACCGGUACCAUUUUGACACAAACUACUGGAGUGCUGUUUAUAAACAAAAGGCCAGUAAGCAUGUCAAGUGGAAAGCUGGUUAUGAAUCAGAUGAAAGGCUCGGAUGGGCAUCUCUAUGGGUUGGGGAUGCAGGCGGCAAGACAAAGGAGACUCCUCUGAAGUCGAAAAUCCAGCUCAUGCUGAAAGUCCCGCAGGACAAUAUACAAAAUUCAAUUGUAGUGUUCCGGGUGAAGAAGAGAUGGGAUUUUUAGUUUGGAUUUUUUUGGUGAUGUAACAUGCACAGUGAAGGCGAACAAUAAUAAGAAAUGGGAAUGGAUGUCCAUAUAUAUUUAGUGCUCAAAUGGAAUGAACAAAUAAUAUUAUUAUCUUCUCCCUCGUGCCAGUCAAAAUGAGGCAUUUU